UUCCAGUUUUGCUUUUUGCCUUUGAGGCCAGAAAUCGCACCUGCCAGCUCAACAUCCGCCCCUCUUCCAGCCUCUUUCUGUCAAUCCUGCCCGUAUCCCCUUCUUUGCAUUUGUAUACCCUCCCCCAAGUCCGCUCCGAUCCAAUCCGGAGACUCGACUUUGCCCCCGGACUCCCGACCAAAUCCGUUCCUCAGCUCAGGGAAGCAGCUCUGCGCUCUGCACGUCCCUUCCCAGUUGCUCAACCAAUCGGUGACCCCUGCCCCGCCCCUUUGGGUUUGGCCCCUCUCACGCCGCCAAUCCGCGCCUUUUGUCCCGCCCCUUGCCCGUGAGUCCGCCAAUCCCGCUUUUCGGAAAGCGUGGCCUGGUAUCCCGCAGCCGGAGCGGGUCGUGCCGGAGGGGGGCGGAGGCGGAAGUGGCGGUGCCGGGCCCGGGGAGUAGGAAGGAGCCGGGGCUGUAGCCGGAGUGGAGCGGCUGCCAGCCGAGGAGCAGGCGCGGCCGCGGCGCCAUAUUGCGGCCCUCAGCGGCCGCGACCGAGUCAUGGCCGAGACCUACGACUUCCUCUUCAAAUUCCUGGUGAUCGGCAGUGCAGGAACUGGCAAAUCAUGUCUCCUUCAUCAGUUCAUUGAGAAUAAGUUCAAACAGGACUCCAACCACACGAUCGGCGUGGAGUUCGGAUCCCGGGUGGUCAACGUGGGUGGGAAGACUGUGAAGCUACAGAUUUGGGACACGGCUGGCCAGGAGCGGUUUCGGUCGGUGACGCGGAGUUAUUACCGAGGGGCAGCUGGAGCCCUGCUGGUAUACGACAUCACCAGCCGGGAGACAUACAACUCACUGGCUGCCUGGCUGACGGAUGCCCGCACGCUGGCUAGCCCCAACAUCGUGGUCAUCCUCUGUGGCAACAAGAAGGACCUGGACCCUGAGCGGGAGGUCACUUUCCUGGAGGCCUCUCGCUUUGCCCAGGAGAAUGAGCUGAUGUUCCUGGAGACCAGCGCUCUCACGGGCGAGAACGUGGAGGAGGCGUUUCUCAAGUGUGCCCGCACCAUCCUCAACAAGAUUGACUCAGGCGAACUCGACCCGGAGAGGAUGGGCUCUGGCAUUCAGUACGGGGAUGCAUCUCUCCGCCAGCUCCGGCAGCCUCGGAGCGCCCAGGCCGUGGCCCCUCAGCCGUGUGGCUGCUGAGCCCUGCGGAGCCAGCUCACCUGUUCUCCAGGACCAGCCCUGCCCUUCCGGCCGGGGGCCAGGCCCAGGCUCUGAGAGGCCAUGUCCCAACCUGCCGUGGCCCCAGAGGAGCUGCGCCACCACCUGUCCGCCUUCCCUGGCCUGGUGGGGCCUGGCUUUGGGGCAAGACUGAGCCACGGGGGAAGGGGGAACCCCUACCUGCUGCUGCUUCCUCUGUCUUGGCUAACCUCUGUCCCCCUGAACCCCUAACCAUACCCCAAGAGCUCCCAAAGCCUGAGACCAGGGUCAUUUGUCCCCAACUGCCUGCCUGGCCCCGCUGUUGCUAGUACCUGUUAUUUAUUACCUGGAGGCCUGUCCAGCACCACCCUACUCCCAUAAAGCAUUGUUUACACCUGU